AUGAACCGCUACAGUUACCCGAACGAGUUCGAGAUGUCCAAUCUGUACUUACCAACCACACAGUCUCGCUUGUCUGUUUCGCCGACGGAAUUUUUCGGUACGCCGGCUUACGAAUGCUUGCAACCGUUUUUGAAUUCCAGUGAGAUGGAAUUGUGCCUGACCGAUCCGUUUCGCAAAGCCUGUGCCAUUUCUGCGGCAGCUGCCGUAGCCGCGGCUGCUGCCGAGCAAACAGUACAACCGAAUUUCCACGCAUAUUCGGCCUACUACUAUGAUGCGAUGAUGUCCACACGGGAGACCGGACAAUGUCUCGGUCUGUAUUCGGAUCCUUCAACUCUGGCGGCUGCGAUCAUGAGUAAGAAGACAAUGUUGGACCACAUGCAAUGUGAUCAUGAACAACAGCGUGUGCAAAUUCAGCCUAACAAUCACGUCCCGCUCUCCAGUUCAGUACUGUCCACGAUGGCGAUGUCGCCAUCCCCAUCCUUGUCACUGUCUCGAGUCAGUGAACUCUAUCCUCCAGAUCUAUCUGUGUCUACCACACAAACACCUCAUCUAUUUCCCACACAAAUUGGUGCUGCUCGUCUGAAGACUCCAGCAAACAAACGGAUGCACAACAAGCAGAGCUCACCGCGUCCGCAUCGUGCAUGGUCGUGUCAAUGCUCCUGUCCCACGAAUCCGGACUGGACUGGGGAUUGUAGCGGAGGGGGCCGUGCGGUUAAAAUACACUCUAUCGAACACACAAAUCCAAUCGAACUGGAUAUGUUCGAAAAUGUUGGCAGUGGAGCUUCGUUGCCUCCGUUUGAGUGUGCGAAAAGUUUCAUACGCCGACGUAACGCCCGGGAACGAGAACGCGUUCGUUGUGUGAAUGCCGGUUACGAGUUACUUCGUCGCAGAUUACCAUUGGCUUCAAUGUCUGAUCGCCGAUUAGCUAAAGUGGAAAUACUUCGUGGUGCAAUCAGUUACAUUAACUCGUUGAAAGAUCUGUUAGAAAAAACACCGUGA